AAUCGCGACGACGACGAUUGAAAAAGGAAGCUGGGAGGCGUUUGCGUCUGUCUCGACGCAAUAGCGGUCGCUUUUCCUCGACUGCACCAUUGACACUCGCCCAGUUCGCUUGCGUUGGCGCGUCCAUUCCACGUCGGGGCCUCGGCGUUGAGAACCUCGCAGUGAGGACUCUUCCUACGCCAGUUUUCAUCUACGUCACUCCAGAGGUCAUACCGCCAUCCCAGACUGGUUGGCGGGAACCGUUGGUGGCACUUCACGGAUGCUUCCUUGCGCGGACGGCAAUCCCAGAAUGGACAACGGCAUGCACGCCAACAGCAACAAUACCCACCUGGACAAGGCCAGAGUUUCCGCUGUCAACGGCCUCAGAGAGGAACGGGUGCCGAUUAAGACAGAGUCCCCAGCGGGCGUCAAAGGGGCGGACGAUGGACCGGCCACGGUCGGGGACUACGGAAACUUAGAGAGCAGUUUACAGGCUGUCAAGAUGGAGGACUCCCCGGACGAACUCCAACACAUCACCGACGAUGUCAUGCCGCUGAGCCUACUCUUGAGCAGGCUUGCACAGUUCUCCCAUAUGAAACUCCAGGAGCUCAUCCUCGACUUAGCAUCGAAACCCCUCCCGGAAAACACACUAAACGGCAAUGCUAAGGCUUUCGCCAACGGCAGCAUAAAUGGCAACGCCAAUGCUAGUGUUAAUGGUUCCACCAAGCUCCCCAGUCCAGCUCUGGAAGACACAUCACCCGAGAGCCUAGACAAGAAGACAAUGCUAUUAAAGUUCAUCCAGGACCUGCACUCGAGAUGGGUCAAGGCGUUAGUUAUCACGGAAUGGGCUAGGAACGCCGACGAAGUGGGCAAGCUCAUCGACUUGAGGACACAUCUUGCCGCCAAGCUGGAACUCUACAACAUGACCUUUUGGAACAUGGUCAAUCUCAAACACGAGAUGGCCUUUGCUAAGGUCCCUAGUCCGGACUUGAAAACGGCCCUGGAGGUGCUUAGCACGGGAGCGGUCCAUUGGAUGCCAGAUUUUGGCUACGUACCCAAGCCCCCCCUGACAGCGCAAGAAACCUCACACUGGCUCAAUGAGAUCGAGGUGGUUCUUCAAAUGAGACUGCAGCUGCACGAGUACGAACAGAUCCCCGGACCAUGGAAGGAGUACAAGAUCGACAACGGACGGGUUACCUUCACGGUGCCCGGUGAAUUCGAGGUAGAUCUGACGAUAUCGGACGAAGACUUUGACAAGCAGUUCUGGUUCUUGGAUUACCGGCCCAUCUUCAGCCCGUCGCCCUCCAAACUCUCGGACGGAGCUCGGGGUUUCAUCGAGGCCCGUGUCAACACGAUUCUCGAAACCGAAGGCUUACCAGGAUGCUACAAGUAUCUGCAUGAAUUGACCCUGACCACAAAGAUUGGGGAAUUCGCCCGACAGGCUGUCGAACUCAGCCGUACCGGGUUAUGGACUCAGACAUUAAGAGUUGAGAGGCUGAACAGGGCUCUGGGGAUUCAGUAUUGGGUUCAGAGUUCACAUACCCAAGGUCCUCAGAGCUGGAUUCUCCUCGGUGUUCACAGCGGCAAAUCCUCGCAGGGAGUCUACGACCCGAGCUCUCCAAGCCGACUCAUGGUCCAGUGGUUCCGCGAUGGGAAGGAAGUCAAGGACGCUAACAUCCCGUUGGACGCCGACACCAUCUCUACGGAGAAGCUUUUGAUGUCGGUCAUUUCCAGACACAUCAAGCACCAGCUCUCGUCUAUGUACAACGCACUCCAAAGCAAACCUCGAUAUGCGCAGAAGCGGGGCAAAUUGUCAUUACAAAUCCCGGAUCCCCCGCGGUUGGAUUGUACGCUCACGAUGCAGAUCCUUGGCGGCGACAAUGCCGUCCUCGGUAUCGGCCCGUGGGCGGGCAAUUUCUAUUUCGCCGACCGGUCUCCCCUCGGACUCGACUGGGCGCAGAAGUUCAACACAUUACGCAAUCCCGUGACUGAGGGCCCGGUGGUUCUCGAGCAGCUUAGGUGGCAUUACACAUCGCGUCACCUGAGGGCGCUGCCGAAACCUGCCGACUGGGUGGUCCUUCCGAAGGCCCCGGUCCCGCUCGACGAGGUGAAGCGCGUUGUUUACUCACGAGCUCCAACCACCCGGGAACCGUUUCAUGCCGUGUGGAUCAGAAACGCUCGUUGGACCCCGCAGUGGUUCGCCAUGAUGAGCCUGAGCCUUGGUGGGGAUUGCUGGUGGCUGGUUCAAGUGACACCCGAGGGUCACGGAUUACCGGGCAUGCGCAUCAACACCUUCACUGAGCUCCCCGUCACACCCACCGAUUUGUUGCUUCCAUCGAGUCCCUUGAUUUCGAAACUCACCAAGCAUGCAACCAACAUCAUGGCUCAGAUCAACGACCUUCGCGUGGUCCACCUACAACGCAUACCAUAUACCGCCAGAAAAUACGGUGAUAGUGGCAAUUUGACCACAUACGUGCGGUCAACCGAGAUGCUAGCGCACCAGCCUGGCUCCAACGCCACCGCGCAGACAACGUGGGCUGCGAAAUACAUUCCGAUCGUCUACAAAGGGCCAGCCCCCAUUGUGCCAUCGGAAUACUGCGAAUUCCUUGCAGAUCCUAAUUCGGUUCGAAGACAGCCGGCACGACAAAAAGUCAUGACCGAGGCCACGGUCAGCGUUCGUGACCAUGCCAAAUUUCGUCUCCUCCAGCAUAGACUCGACCGUGAUGUGCUGUACGACCGUCGGCGUGGCGAUUUUACCCUGCGGUUCCAGCCAGAAUCGAGUACCGGAACCAUUACCCUGCUCCGGAGCCGUAUGCAGGCACUCGAUCGCUUGGUUAGCAUUGUUGACGCUCUUCACCACGCAGGCAAGCACGUAUCCCCGACGAAAAUCACGCUCCGCGAGAUCGUAUUCUCGUACAGCAGUGACUCUCCAACAAUUUCGCCACCCAACCAGCCUCCCGCAACCAGUGAUGACAAGCAGCGAUCGUGGGAAGUGCGCCUUAAUCUUGCCGCAGACAAAGGCGUGGACGUCAUUCUCGAGGCUGGCAACCCACAUUUGCGCGUUAUCGACUAUUUGCGCGCAACAGCAAACUCGGUCAACUUCGGGAAGUUACCGGCAUGGCUGGUAUUCACACUCCCUCUAUACGAGGCACUCGAACAGCUGCACGACUCGUGGGAUGCGAUCCUCGCCAAGGACCAAGGGACGUGCUACGUCUUCCACAAGUCGCUGGACUGGAUAACGAUCCGCUUCGCGCUCUCCGGGGCUAAGAACCGCCGGGUGCACCUGGACAUCCGGCCACGCGAUAGGAGUGGGAAGCUCAAUUGGCACAUCUGCCGCCCAACAACAGAUCCGAACUUCAACAACGAGAACGACGAGUUCAACAAGGUUUUGAAGCAGCGCGUCUGGGCGACCAGCGGCACCGGGUUUAAGGGCCUCGUGAACAGCGCCGCGGCAGAAUGGGACCGCGGAAUCGGGCCCCUCCUAGCACUCAUCAACGAAGCCCUGCAGUCCCUCGCCGGCACACCCGCGCCCGCACAGGCUCCCGCACAGGCACAACAGCAAACCCAGCAACCGGCCCCACAUCCCCAACAGGUCCAGGCUCAAGAGCAGCGCCAGCAGCAGCAACAGCAGCAACAGCAACAGCAGCAGCAGCAGCAGGCAAACCCGCUACAGGGCUCUGCGAUGCCCGGCCGAUUUCCCCACCAGCUCCAGCAGGGCCAGCAGCUGUCGUACCAACAGCAGGCGCGUCUGCAGCAACAGCAGCGGCAGCACAUGCACAACCAGAGCCAGGCCCAGCAGGCUCAGCAGCGUGCUGCUGCUGGCAUGAACGAUAGCAACACGCCUGUGGUGGUGCUCGACUAGUGCUUCGGGUAAUUUAGCCCAGCGGUCUCGCUUCUGUGCGACGAUAACACAGACUGGGCAGUUGUUUUCAGGCUGUGGACUUGGGUUGAGUCAGGUUGGGUUUCACGGUUA